GACAGAUGGUGGCUGAUUUUGAAGCUUGCUUGCGGGCUUAUCACUGUCGAUGCAUGUACGUGAACUCAUCGGCCACGAGUCCCACUGUACACUCUGGCUCAUUUAUCUUAGUUAUUUGAUGGGCACAUGUCAGUUGUCAGUGUUUUCAUGGUCAUUAGAUCCUCAGAUAUCUGCAGAUGUAUCAUGGUGGACAGUUGAAACCAACAUUGUCUUCCUCCGGAUCAUCAUUGGAUGCAUUAUAGGAAUAUUUGCAUUUCAUGGAGUGAUGUUUGCAUCGUAUUUUGUACUUGCACUCUUAGAUAUCAUUCGCUCAAGGAGAAGUACCUCGCCAGUAGAAAUAUCAGGUGUUCGACAACAGUUCAGGUUCUCGCUUAUCCCUCUGGCAAUUUUCUACUCUUCCCUCACAAAGCUUUUCCUUCUGUUCUUGCUCAUGAUAUGGCGCCCUUCAGCGUCUAAACCUGGAGGUUCUCCAUACUAUUGGGAUCCUUCAUACUACAGCAGCUCUCUUGUUACACGGGCCCUCGAGAUAUGGGAUGAGGACAAAGUAGAUUGUGAGUGGGUCGUUAGGAAUGUUUUGGGUGGAAUGGCGACUGGAUUUGGAGUUUGUGUCGUGCUCGACUGUCAUCCUGUCUUUACUACAGUGGUGAUCCUUGUUGGGUGGUUGGCGAAAACAGUUGUUGGGGGAUUUCUCAAGAAUUGGGUGGGUGGAGACAAACAUAGUGGAGACAAAUAGAUGGUGUAUAGUAUCCCGUAGUCUCCCAUAGUCCUUUGUUCCUCUUGUGUGGAAUUGAUUU